AGUUUACAGAUAUAAAAAUUUUUCACAGAUGUGAGACAACCAAGUACGCACGCACGUAGUGUGUAGAGGAAUGCUUUGUGAAUGGCGUUAAGAACGGCAUGUUAAUUUAGAAAGGAAAAUUUUUAAAAUAAAAAAAAAAAAAAAGCACAAAAAAAAUGAAAAAUAUUUUAAUUAGUUUAAUUGUUAUAAUUAUUUGUAUUAAUCAUAUUGAUUGUUUUAAAAUAUCACGAAGUAGUCAAAGACAUUCCGAAGAUGAUAUAACCACCUCAUCCAGUACAUCGUUACCAUUUAUUCAUCGUGUUGGUGGAGGUCCUUCCUCAUCUAUUUAUAAAAGUGAUGUGUCGUCAUCGAUGAAACAACGAAUUUUUGAUAAAAAAUCAUGUGAAAGUGGUAAAUUCGUGAAUAAUCAGUGUGUUGAAACAAAAUCAGGAAUUGAUAAGAGUCAAGACAAAAUAAAGGAAUUUUCAAAACUUACACCAAUCGCUCCAAUUAAGUUCGAUGAAGAAUCUGAAGAACCAAUUUCGGAAGAAGGCGAUUCGGAAGAAGUACCUCAAAAGCCCAUUGAAAAAGUUAAAGUUCCUACAAAAGUUGAAAAACAUGGAAAAGAAAAACCCAUUUCAGAUGAAGAAUCCAAAGAAAUUGAAGAAUCCGAGGAAAUAAAAUCCAAACCAAAAGAAAAAGUUAUAAAAGAUGAUAAAAAAGAUACAACAUCGCCUAAAAAACUUUCAGAAAAAGUUCCAGAAAAACCACAGACUAGAAAAAAGGGAGAAGUUGAAUCGCCACCAAAAUCUAAACCUAUGGAAACGAAGGUGGGGACUAAAUCAGAGAAAGAUGAAAAACCUGUUAAAGUAAAAGAGGAAAAAGCAGAGCCAAAAGAGGAAAAGGUAAAAGAAAAGAAAGUUGAAACAAAGACAAAAGAGGGAACAAUAACGGAUAAGGCAAAAGAGAAAGUAGAGAAGGCUGCACCGAAAGAAGACGCUAAAAAACCUAGCAAACCCAAACCAGAAGAAAAGGUAACCAAACCAGAAAUUAAAAAACAAGAAAAAGUUAAACCACCUGUAGCAGAUAAGAAACCUAGUAAGCCAAAAGUUGAUGAAAAGCCGAAGAAAUCAGAUGACGCGAAAACUAAAUCAGAAAAAAAGGUUACUAAUAAAAGUGACCAAAAAGACAAAAAAUCGAAAAAAUCCAAAAAGUCUACAUAUACUCCAAUUACACAACGCCAUUUUGAUAGAUUAUAUUAUUCAUUCCCUUCAUUUGCACCAAAUUAUACACGAAUUUCAAAUACAGAUUGUAAAAUUCAAGGUCAAGUAUUGAUACGGCAAUUAAAAGCUGCAAAAUUAUGGUCCAUGAAAAUGUUAGAUUCAACUGGAAAAGUUCCUUCUGGAAUAUUACAUGGUAAUUUAAAUCAAUUUGGAGAUUACGAUCAAUGUACGGGUAUAAGUACGAAAAUCAAAUUGGGUAAUAAUCAAAAAAAUCUACUAAACAUCCAAGGAAAAUAUUGUUUAAUUCAUCUCGAUAUUGAAUCAACUUCAUCCGAUAUGGACAUUCCAUUAAAUAUGGCACAAGGUCGUACAUUAAUUAAAAGUACUUAUAACGAUCCAGGUCACUUUAUACCACGAUUUUCUACAAUAAAUUGGGGCUUAUGUAUACCUGAUUCAUGUUCGGCUAAGGAUGCCAAGCAAAUAAUGAGUGAAUCGUUACGGCCAUAUAAUCAUUCUGAAAUUACUGGUUUACGAUUUCACGUUUAUUCUUCGGAAGAAAAUUGUUUUAUAAAAGAAAAAACUAAAACUAUUUUCGAUUAUAGUAUUCCUACAUUGGUCACUAUUGUGGCCCUUCUUACUAUAGGAUUUAUAGUAAUCGUAGCUACUUUACGUGACACAAUAGUAAAUAAAGAAAAUCCAAGUCUCUCUGAACAAAUAUUACACAGUUUUUCGAUGCGUCGAACAACAACUGUUUUACUAGAAGACAAACAUGCACCAGGUGAAAUUACAUGCAUUCAUGGUAUUCGAAGUAUAUGCACUUUAAUGUUAUACGUUGCACAUAAAUUAAUACCACUAGGAAGUUUACCAUUUUCCAAUCGAACUGAUUUAACUGAAUUAGCAAAUGCUGAAUGGAGUACUCUAUUUCGAGGAUCGUUAAUGUAUACUGAUUCAUUUUUAUUGAUUAGUGGUGUCCUGUCAGCGUAUAAUAUGAGUCAGGAUAUGGAGAAAAAGGAUACUGUAAAAUGGAAGGAUCGUUUACUUGCACGAUACAUGCGAUUAACGCCAGCCUUAGCUGCAGUAAUAUUAUUUUAUGCAUAUAUAUUUGAAUUAAUCGGCGAAGGGCCGUUAUGGAACGAAAUUGUCAUUAAGAAUGCCAAUAUAUGUAAAGAAAAUUUUUGGAAAAAUUUAUUAUACAUUCAAAAUUUUUUCCCAUUUGAGGAAAUUUGCAGUACGCAUACACAUCAAUUAGCAUUAGAUAUGCAACUAUCAUUACUUUCACCAAUUUUAGUCUGGUUUUGGUAUAAAAAACCAAUGUUUGCAUUGUUACUUGUAAUUAAUUUACAUAUUUUAUCAUUUGGAGUGCGUUUUUAUUUUACAACGCAUCAUCAUUUAUCACUUUAUGUUUUUCAUGGGAUAUCGAUUACCCAACUCUAUCGAUCUGCGAAUAAAUCUUACGGUCAAACAUUGAAUAGAGCCACGUCAUACAUAGCUGGAGUAUGUCUUGGUAUAUUAUUAAAAGAUGUCUCAAAACGAAAAUUCGAAUUGCCUAAGGUUUUAUCGAUUGCUGGUUGGUUAACAACUACAUAUUUUGCUGGUUGGAUUUUAGUAACACCUGCACAUAUGGCAAAACGCAAUUACGUGUAUAAUGUACCUGAAGCGGCACAAUAUGCAGCCUUAACACCAGUAGCAUUAUCGUUAGCAUUAUCGUGGGUGAUAUUUUAUUGUUUUGUUGAAUCAUCCAGUCUAGUGAAUCAAAUUUUAAGUCACCGAUAUAUGGUGUUAUUUAGUCGAAUAUCGUAUCCGAUUUAUCUUGUACAAUUUAUUGUAUUUUUUUAUAAUGUUGGUGUGACAAGAAAUUCAUCAGAAUUUGAUCUAUUUUCAGGCAUUAACGUAGCAGAGUUAUUAAUUGUUAUUGGAAUUGCGACAGUGUUAACAUUAACAUUAGAUUUACCGAUGCAAGAUCUUAAAAAAGUAUUAUUUAGUGCCAGUAAUAAUGAUAAAAAUAAUGUAGCAUCAUCAUCUCCAGAUCUAGAAGUUCAUGCUCCUGUAGAAGAUGACGAUGUUGAUAGUAAUCAUCAUAUUGAUGAACCAAUCAGUGAAGAACAUGAUGAUCUUUUUGAAGAUGAAUCGGAUGAUGCAGAAUUUUACAAUCUUGUACGCCGAAAAAAUUAAUAAAGAAUAUUUGAAAACCAAC